AUGACAACACACGCAAGCGUGCAAAGAGAAGCUGGUUUUAUCUUGAGACAGAUUCUUGAAUUGGAGAAGCUUCAACUCAGGAAAGAGAAUAAGAGUUUGUCGCUGACAGAGCAAGAUGGUCCUUCUCCAUUGGAGCUUCCAAAGCAAUCUGAAGAACGUUUGGUCCAUCUUCUACAGACUGGAAAAGAUCUGAUUGUUGAUUUUUCACACUUGUCUUCGUCUUCUACACUUGGUGAUUCCUAUUGGGAAUGCAAAAGCCCAGUUAACAAGAACACUCAGCUUUGGGAUCAAAAUCUACAAGACAUUGGAGUUUGUGAAGAUACAAUUUGUGAUGACCAUGACUUCCAUAUACCUGACAUUGAUCUCACUUUCCGAAACUUUGAAGAACUUUUUGGAGCUGAUUAUGAUCUAGUUGCAGAUGAUAACAUCUUAUUUAAGGGAACAUCAGCCCACUGUGAGGUGAAUACAUUUUCUUCACCAUUCAAUAAUUCCAUAAUUACACCUAAAGAAGCUUCCUCAUCAUCUCUUUUAUUCUCAAGAACCAUUGGAGGAGGAAGCAGCGAAACUCAUUACUCUCACAAUCACUCGGAGGAAGUAAUCUCUUUUUGCUCUCCUCUCUCUGACUGUGCACGUCAAAACGCCAUCUCAUGGCUCAAGGAGAAGAAGAGAGGCAAGAGCGUAAGUAUCUUCAGAGACUAG